AUGUCUUCUUCCCGACUACUUCAUCCCGAUGAGUAUGAACUGGAAACUCGCUCCUCCGUUGACUCUCAGGGGAGCUUCAACUUAGACGAGGCCGACUUUGAGUCGCAAGUUCCACCUCGACCCCGGCGACUCUUGCGCCGGGUGCCCUUCCUAUCACGGCUUUUUGCUUCGACUUACUCUGGAUACCGUCGUCUCAAAACCUCGCGGCCCUUGAUCUCGGCUUCGGCGCGACCCAGCUGUUUCCGGCGCAUCCUGUUUCGUCGGGCCUGUUUCUACCUACAUGCCGUCAUCGGUAUCGUUAUUGCUCUUCUUAUCCUCACUGCAAUCUUGCGGCCCUCGUAUACCCGGCCUCCGCCCCAUUAUACAGCACUUCGAUCGGCCGUCUCACAUUCAAGCGCCUCUGGCCGAGGGAACCCUGGCAAUGAAAAGGUUUUCAUAGCUGUUAGCUUAUAUGAUCGUGGCGGGAAGUUAGCGCAAGGACAAUGGGGCUCUACUGUUCUUCAACUUAUCGACUUGCUUGGAGAGGAUAAUGUCUUCCUAAGUAUCUACGAGAAUAACAGCGGACCAGAGGGGGAGAGUGCGCUACGAGCCCUAGAAAAUCAGGUCGCAAGCAAUAAGUCUAUUAUAAUUGAAGAGCAUUUCGACUUGAGCACCCUGCCUAGGGUGACCAUUCCCGGGGGCUCUAAGCGCACUAAGCGUAUCGAUUAUUUGGCUGAGGUCCGUAACCGAGCCUUACGGCCGCUGGAGGAGUCUAAAACGCAAUACGACAAACUUCUAUACAUCAACGACGUUUUGUUCGAUCCUGUCGAUGCUCUUCAUCUCUUGUUCUCUACUAAUGUGGAUGACGACGGUAUCGCUCAAUACCGAGCAGCGUGCGCUGUUGACUUUUCCAACCCGUUCAAGUUCUACGAUACAUAUGCAACGCGCGAUGUGCAGGGCUAUGGCAUGGGCCUUCCGUUUUUCCCUUGGUUUACAACCGCUGGAGGAGGGCAGAGUCGACGGGAUGUGUUAGCAGGAAAGGAUGCGGUGCGAGUCCGCAGUUGCUGGGGAGGAAUGGUGGCAUUCGAUGCACGAUUCUUUCAAGGCAGUGCGAAGCCCGCGGUUGAAAUGGGAGGAGAACAAUUCCCUGUUCGUUUUCGUUCUGCGCCUGACUUGUUCUGGGAAGCUUCUGAAUGCUGUCUCAUCCAUGCCGACCUCGGAAGGCCGCCAUCGAACGGGGAUGAGAUCGUGGACACCGGGAUCUACAUGAACCCCUUCGUACGCGUGGCAUACGACGGCCGCACUCUGUCUUGGUUGCGGACAACUCGACGGUUUGAAAAACUCUACUCUUUGAUCCAUGGCAUUGGUAGCCAUCUUGUGGGUAUGCCUUGGUUCAACCCUCGUCGAUCAGAAGUUCGUGGUCAGGCUGUUGAGGAGACGGUCUGGGUACCGAAUGGCAAAACCGAUGGAGGCGGAUCUUUUCAGUCAGUUACGCGAAUUUCUGGGAAUGACGGUUAUUGUGGAAGACGAGGGCUCCAGGUCAUCGUCGAACACCGCAAAGAGGGCCAGGACGGGUUCGAAAGUAUACCGGUACCAACGUGA